AUGUCUGGGCCUUCAUCUGGCUUUUUCGUGAAGAUGGGGCUCAUCCCUGAUGCCGUUACCCCGGCGUCCUUCCUGUCAUGGCAGUCUGCAGCUACGCUCCUCGUCAUUUGGAUCACCUAUUGUCUAGGUCGUGCCAUCUACAAUGUCUCGCCUUUGCACCCCCUCAGCAAGUUUCCCGGCCCCAAGCUGGCUGCAGCAUCUUAUGCCCCUGAGUGCUGGUACGAUUUCGUGAAGAAGGGGCGAUACACCUAUGAGAUUGUCAAGAUGCACCAAAUUUACGGUACGGGAAAUCAUGUCGUCGUAAGACUGAAGCUCACAAGGGACAGACAUCGGCUGAUGGACAAGAACCUAGGACCUAUUGUCCGCAUCAACCCUGACGAGGUGCACUGCAACGACAUCCGCUUCACCGACGAAGUCUACGCCAUCAACGGUAGAAAACGAGACAAGCACAUCCACCACAUGAUCAACUUACCAGACCCCGCAACCUUCGCCACAUUUGGCACGAUCGACCACGAUCUCCACCGCAGACGGCGAGCCGCCGUCGGCAAGUUCUUCUCCCGGCAGCAGAUGCUCAAGCUCGAGCCGCAAGUCCACGCAUCGGCGCAGAAACUCUGCGACAAGCUUCUCUCGUUUGCCGGUGCGGAUGGCGAGAUCGUGCCCCUGCAAGACGCCUAUAGCUGUUUUACCACGGACGUGAUUACCGAGUACUGCUUUGGCGAGUCGUUUGGAUUUCUUGAGCAGAAGGAGUGGACGCCUAAUUAUCGUGCUGCUGUUUACGGGGCAACGGUGAUCAAUAACCAAGCACCACAGACCGUCAUCCCAGCCCUCGUAAAAAAGGCUAGAGACCGCAAAGCCACAGGCACAGAUACCAAUACCCGCCCCAACGUCUUCGCCGCUUUAUUCAACUCCGACCUCCCGCCGGAAGAAAAGACGAUUCCAAGACUCACGUCCGAGGGGGCCAUAAUGAUAACCGCGGGAACGGAAACGACAAGCUACACGCUCACACUCAUCAGCUUCCACCUCCUCUCGAACCCCACAAUCCUGGAUAAGUUGACGCGAGAACUGCAAGAAGCAGUCAAGGAUCCGAAGCAGUUGCCAAACUGGCCCAUAUUGGAAACACUCCCGUACCUGACUGCUGUCAUCUCUGAAGGUCUGCGAUUGGCGCCUGGUGGAUCGAUGCGCACUGGGAGAGUUGCUACCGAGGAGGAUCUUGUCUAUCGCGGGCAAUGGAAGCCCGAAAGGUCGGAUGUCGAUGUCGAUGUGUGCCAUGUCAUUCCCCGUGGAUGGGCGGUUAGUAUGAGCGCCAUCAUCUCCCAUCUUGACGAGAGGGUGUUUCCCAACGCCAAGGAGUUUAUACCAGAGCGGUGGAUCGAUGAGAAUGGUCAGAGGAGGAGGGAGUUGGAGGCUGGGUUCAUUCCCUUUUCCAAAGGAACUCGUCAACUCGCAUACUCUGAGCUUUACAUUGCUUUGAGUUCAUUGGUGCUGAGGGUCUUUCCGCGUAUGCAGCUGUACGAUACUACUUUGCGCGAUGUUGAGUACGAUCACGACCUUGGCGUGCCGAUUCCCGCGACCGAGAACGGCGUGAAGGUCAAGAUUGUUUAA